AGGAUUUAACAUUAGUGACAAAUUCUAAAUAUAACUCCGGUAACUUCAAAUUCCGUUUGGGGAUUUCCUAUCUAUACUCUAAUCCUCGAAUUACUUUCGAUUUGAUUUUUAUGACUUUUUGAUGGUGAACUGAAAAAUCCUCGCUUAUUUAUACAAAUCGAUGUUGGUGUGAUGAAAGAUGGCAUCCAACUAUGAACAAUACAAUGGGGAAAUUCCAAUGAACUCUAGUUUUCCGGGCUUUCAAAAGAGAACAAAGAUGGCAGACAGCAACAGUCAAAUUUUGUCCAGAAUUGAGGAGAAAGUAGCAAUGAUACCAACUUUGCAAGCAAGGGUCAGCGAGAUGCAUGGAGUCCUGAACCAGGUUCUUUACAAUGUCAAGAGGAUCUCAGAGCACCUGUCCAUCCAGCCGCCAUCGGCUCAAAUCAGACCACAGGUGCAGCAGCAGACCAUUGGGUUCAGCAGGAAAGAGAACAUGGGGUCCACAGGGCUCAGCCAAUCAAUGACUGGCCUCGGAUAUGAAGGCUUCAUGCAAGAGAAGAGGGAGGCUGAAGACAGAGUUGAAAAACCGGUCAGACCAGUAAUAUCUGAACCCACACCUAAACGCCCACUUAUAACUGAAGUCACAUCUGAAAGUGAGGAUGAGGCGACCAGAUCAAAUCCAGAUUCUCAACCAUCAGAACCUGUAUUACAAAAUCUUCAAAGAGAGGCUGCAGAAAUUUUUGCUGAUGGUCAAGAUCUCACAGAGAGUACCAGGAGUGUUGCAAAGGUACCUCAAGAUCCCUCAUUUGAGGAGGCCGUACAUCGCAAAGUGGAACCUCAGAAAAUAGAACCUUCAAAAGUGGUACUUCAAGGGAUGAUUGAUAUGGAUAUGGCACCUCAGGAGAUGGGAUCUAUAGAUGUGACGCCUCAGAAAGUGGCAUCAGUGGUAGAGGAACCUCAGGAGGUAAAGAAUGAGGUCCUCCCAAAACCUGUAGAAUUGAAUGACUUUUCAUCAGAGAAUGAGGAGCAGAAUGAAACAGAUAAAGUGAAAGCUGUGAUAGCAGAGGCCCAGAAUCAAUACAGCAAACUCAAGUGUAGAAGAACAGCAAAACACGAUGACAAUAGAAUCCAGUUUGUUUAUGGUAAAGGUGAAGAUGGACUACAAGAAGAGGUCAAAAGUGGUUCCUUCACUCAAAAUAUCAAAUCUACCACUAGAAGACCAGAACGGAGAGAUACAACAGAAAGUAGCUCAGAUUCAGAGGAAGAGCCUACAGCUAAUGUCAAGUUUGUCCCUUCGUCUGGAUCUUCUGCUUCUUCUUACAAAGCCCCAGUGCAACAAAAAGGUGGAUAUCAGAACUACCAAAACUCCAGCUCGCUUGGUACUGCUGGUGGGUCUCUGAAGUCCUCCCUCAAAACUUCGUCUUUAUCUCUGAAAUCCGAACCUGAUGACAGACCAGAUGGUGGAUCAGAGCUUAGAAUUCUCACAGAGAGUGAACUUGAAGAACUUACUUUGAAAGAGGCAAACAGAGCUGCUGAUUGCACUGACCAUAAGUCCCAGGGAGCGGACACCAUUCUCUGUAUCGAUACGUCGUCCAGUAUGAAGGGCAAGAAGUUUGAGCAGAUUACAGAAUUUAUUGAGUCUUUCUUAGAAGGUAUUGAAGAUGUUGCUGUUGAAAAUUCUUUGGAAGAGAACAUAGCAGUGGUGUCAUUUGGAAAUGAGACCCGGGUUGUCCAAAAUUUGACCAAUGACUAUUCUAAAAUCAGAGAUGCAGUAGAAUCAUUGAUGCCUGGUGGUCCUAGCCCUAUAAUGACUGGUCUUGUUCUCUGCAUGAGUGCCAUCUACAAUAGAGGGGGCGUGGUGACCUUCAGAGAGAGGAAGAUCUUCCCCCGCAUCAUCCUGUUGACAGAUGGUGGUGUCACUGACCAGAGGAUAUUCAGUGGACCAGACACCAUCGUGAAACAAGGAGGAACUAAAAAAGAGGUGUGGCACAAAUUGAUGGAGUUUGCUGAGCGGUUCCGUACACACGCAGAUCCUCGGAAUUUGGUCUGUGUUCCCAUUGGAGAGGAUGCAGACAUGACUUUGCUGGGACAGCUGGUUAACACAGCGGGAGGAACCCUGGUACAACCAGAGGAUGUCCAGAAAAUUAGCCACCAUUUCCUCAUCAAUACUGUAGUAGCCAAGGUCAUCCAUGAUGGAGCCCUGAGAGGCCCUGAGUUAUCUGAUGAUGAGUUAAAGCAAAAAAUUCAGGCUACAGAGGGAGCAGGGGACUUCACAGAGGCAGAAGUGGAGGAGACUCUGGCAAUGAUAAAGAGAGACAACGAGGAGCGAGCACAAGGGGGCGCCACUGGAGGGUUAGACAGCAGCACGGAAACCAAGGAGAUGCCUCCCAUUGGUUCCAGGGUCCGACGAGGUCCGGACUGGAGAUGGGAAAAUCAGGACGACAACAUGCCUGGGACGGUGGUGGCCCACAAAGCCAGAGGCUACCUCACAGUGGAAUGGGACAAUGGGAACCGAGGAAAGUACCGUUAUGGAGCAGAGAGUGGAGCAAAAGAUGUCAGGAUGGUGGAUGAACCGCGCAUGCUACCGCCCGGGAUGAUGGUGGCUGUGGGGGUCAGGGCAAGGAGAGGGACUGACUGGGAAUGGGGAUCACAGGAUGGAGGAGAAGGGAGUUCAGGGGUCAUAUUCAAAGUGGAGGACAGUGGGAUUGUCCACGUAAGGUGGGAUAAUGGAAAACGAGGAAAUUACAGAUUUGGAUUGUUCGGCAAAUAUGAUGUGGAAGUCUGUCCACAGUGCAUAGUAACGGAAGGAGCCACCGGUUUAUCAGAUGGAGGGAGUCCCCAAGAAUCAAGAGAGAAAAAAGGUCAGUGGCAAUGGCAGGAUAAGGACGGGCGAUGGAGGGACCACGCAGGGGAGACCUCGGACAAGAUCGAACAUGUGUACCAGACUCGACAUGGCAAAGGGACGGUAGUGGUGGAGUGUGAGAACGAAAAAAGGUACAGAGUCAUUCCAGAUAAGAAAUGCCAGAGAAAUGUCUCAACAGGUGCGGAGUAUCCCAUCAGGCGUAUAGAAGUGACAAUGACAUAAAGGAUUUCUGCUGAUAUAAAGAGAACAAUGUUGUGAUAAAAUUCUAACAGCUAUCUUUUGUACAAAAUUUGUGUAAUGCACGAAAUGAAAACCUGUAUAUACUGCAGAACGUAUCAUAUACUGGUACAGUUGUAGGUUUUUAUUAUCCAUUUUACACAUAAUUAUUUAGUUUAAAUUAAGAUGAUAUGAGUUAAAUAAUAAAAGAAGUGUUUCUUUUGGAUAUUGGAGUAUGGAAAUAUCAAAAAGUCAACUAAAAAUUGAUUUAUUUUGUUGCAAACGUAUGUCAAAACAUCGCGAUAACAAUAUUCCAAUUAAAGAAAAUAUUGAAAUCAUAGUUGAAUGUACAUAUAGUACAGUAAUUUUGGUAUACCUUGCAUGGCAAAGUUUGACAGAUGAUAUAGCUCUUUUGAUCAGAAAAUUGUGAUUUGAGAAUUUGAUAAGGGCUAUCUUAUGGUGUCAUAAUGAUAAUCAGUCUGGGAUAAGCACAAAGAUUCAUUCCUGUACAUGUCAAAAAAAAAUAACUUCAAGAAAAGAAGAAUUGCGUUUGCGAUUGAUUUUACAUUUAUGUAAUGUGUACGAAUUUGUGGUUUAAUAUUGCUUUUUAAUUUGUUGUUUUCUUUUAAUAAAAAUUCAGUUUUGCAAUCAUUAUAAUGAAUUAAUUGUCAU